AUGCCUGACUGGGUGGGAAUGCAGAUGCUGGGGAGUUUGGAGAUUGUUAAGCCGGGAAACCCGAGAUUCGAGCCUAUGCCUAGCGUGUUCAUCCCACAGCGCAACGAACCAGCCCUGGCUGUUUGCACAUCGACCGUCACUACCAAUGCAGGCCACACUCCCAUCCAAAGCGUCUCCGGCAACCCUCCGUCUCACAAAAGAGACGCCGGCCAUGCUCGCCGCGUCGCCGCCCCUGCAGUGAUGCCAGUACCCGCUGAUCUCGACACCCGCCAGUCCAAGCAGGUCCCCUGCGCCAUCAAGGACAACAAGCCUUAUAUCCCGAACAAGUUCCCAGCCGCGCUGGCUUGCACCAACAACAUCGAAGUCGUCACCACCAAGACACUGAGCUACACAUGGUCUAGGACGGCUACCAAGACCGUCCCCAGACCAACCGCAACCACCACGAGCACACGUUCGCACACCAUUACCACCGUCAUCACACCUAUCCGCGCCUCCACGACCGUCACAGAAUUCAUCACACUCACCUUGUCCACAACAUCAACAACAACAUCAACAUCAACAUCAUCAGCAUCAUCAACAACAUCAACAACAUCAACAACAUCAACAACAACAUGA